AAUCGAUUUGCAUGGAUGGAAGGAAAAGAAAGGAAACCGAAAAGGGAAACGCUCCCAGCAGAGGAUCUUCUGAGGAAAAUCCAAGAGCUAGAGGCGGGACAUGAACAUCUCAAGCAAGAAAUAUCGAGGGUAAAACACCCCGGCGCUGGUCAGUCAAUUCCCUACUCAACUCGUCGGACAUACCACUGCGCUUCCCCUCAACGGCCGCAGUUCUCCGGGAACGCGGCGGCUUAUAACAGAUGUAUCGGUUCUUAUCGACAUCCCUUGCGAAUAGAGAGCGGAGGCUAUGACUCCACAAAUGGCGGAGGCGGUGGAGGAGGAAAAACCAGGAAUUCACGGCCAGCUGCUCAUAAUCUCACUAACAGUCAUUAUUUAAACAUCUUACAGUCUAUGGGACAAUCUGUUUAUAUAUAUGAGCCUAAUGGCCGAAUAAUUUAUUGGAACCGACAUGCUGAAAUACUUCAUGGUUAUUCAGUAGCAGAGGCUUUAGGAAAAGAUAUCCUUGAGCUUAUUGUUGCUCCUAGGGAAUUAGCUAUUGCAUAUAAUAUAGUUAAUCGGGUUUCAAUUGGGGAGAGUUGGACUGGGCUAUUUCCGAUUAAGAAUAAAUCGGGAGAGAUGAUUUCUGUAGUUGCAACCGUUUCUCCUUUCUAUGAUGAUAAUGGUUCUUUAAUUGGAAUCACUUCAGUGUCCUGUGAUUCACGGCCUUUUCGAGAGAUGCUGAUUUCGUUUUCAACUGAAAGGCAACCAGAAGCAGAUUCUUCAGUCUUUAGCCGGUCUAAAAAUGCUGUAUCGGUUAAACUUGGUCUUGAUCCGCAGCAGCCUCUGCAAACUGCAAUUGCAUCAAAGAUAUCAAAAUUGGCGUCCAAGGUGAGCAACAGGGUGAAGUCCAGAAUUUGGACAGUUGAGAACUGUGUAGAUCAUUCUGAUCAUAAAGAAGAUACACCUUGCAAUGGGGCCCGUACACCAAGGGGAGAGACACAGUCAACUGCCUUUGGUGUAUUUAAUCCUUUAAAUGUUGAGUCCACAGUACAAAUCUCUAGAGAUUGUGGCGAUGAGACUGAAGGAAAACCUGCAAGCAAAAAGUUUAUUAACUUAAUGGCUAAGAAAGGGAUAUCUUGGCCUUGGAAAGGGAAAGAUCGAGAAGAAUCAGAGGCUAAGAUUGCACGUUUUGUAUGGCCUUGGGCAGUUGAUGAUCAAGAGAAUGAAGCAUUCAAGCCAAAGAGCCCUUUUUUGGGUUUAAAAUAUGAAGACCAUAGUGAUGAAUGUAAAAGACCUGUCAAUAGUGAGGCAUCAGGUUACUCGUCAUCUUCUGCUAAUGUUAAAAGUACGAGCAGUUCCAGCCGCUCUGGGAGUACCGGCAGUAGUCCUGGUAAUAGAGUUGACUUGGACACUGAUUGUGUAGAUUACGGAAUCUUGUGGGAAGAGUUGAUGAUCAAAGAGCAAAUUGGGCAAGGUUGUUGUGGAACGGUCUACCAUGGUCUGUGGUAUGGAUCAGUAUGUUCUCCUGCUCCUUUCUCUGCCUUAAUUUUUAAUAAGAUGAACACAUUAUGGAUGAAUCUAAGUUCAAAUUUCAGUGAUGUUGCUAUCAAGAUAUUCCCGAACCUGGAAUAUUCAGAUGAUGUCAUAAUUUCCUUUAAACAGGAGGUUUCUCUGAUGAAAAGACUGCGGCAUCCAAAUGUUCUGCUGUUCAUGGGAGCCGUCACUUCUCCUGAACGUCUCUGCAUUGUCACUGAAUUCCUUUCACGGGGGAGUUUGUUUCGCUUGCUACAGAAGAAUGCUGCAAAAUUAGAGGGGAGACGGUGUGUCCAUAUGGCUUUGGAUAUUGCACGAGGCAUGAAUUAUCUUCAUCAUUACAAUCCGCCUAUCGUUCAUCGUGAUUUGAAGUCUUCAAAUCUCCUAGUUGAUAAGAAUUGGACUGUGAAGGUUGGUGAUUUUGGUUUGUCACGUCUCAAGCAUGCAACAUAUCUCUCUUCAAUGUCCGGGAAAGGAACGCCUCAAUGGAUGGCACCGGAGGUUCUUCGUAAUGAACCCUCAAAUGAGAAGUCCGAUGUUUAUAGUUUUGGAGUCGUAUUAUGGGAACUCGCUACUGGGAAGAUACCUUGGGAUGGUCUCAACUCAAUGCAGGUGAUUGCAAUUGUCGGGUUCAUGAACCAACGGCUUGAGAUCCCAAAAGAAUUAGAUCCACGGUGGGCUUCCAUAAUUGAGAGUUGCUGGCUCAGUGGGCAUUUGAGGUUUGAUGCAUGGAACUGUAACUUCUUGAAAACCAGUGAUCCGAAGAGUCGGCCAACUUUCCGGGAACUACUAGACAAGCUUAGAGAUCUUCAGAGACAAGGCACUAACCAAUUUCAGCAAGCUCGUUACUCGUCUGGGGGUGACUCUCAAAAGGGAUCAUGAAUCAAAUGCCUGCUUUUGGUCUAUUUCUUUCUUCUCGGCAAAAAGCUGUUGAUUGCUCAGAAGCCUGGGCAGUUUUCCUCCAAGGUUUACUCUCGUUGCUGUUCGGUCAACGGUUAAUGCAAAACUGCAACUUAGAUUUACGACAAUGGUUGGACAAAGAAAUUCAAAAAGGAGAUAGUAGUUGGCACCAUUCGAGCAGCCCUGAGUUUCGUAUUGAUUAGUUGAGUGAUGUUGGUAGUUCUUUUCGUGUCAGCCUGGAAAUUCUUAUGUUAUUCAGAUUCACAGGGAAUAUCGAAACAGGUAUCUUUUUCCAUAUAUAUUUUCAGAAUCAUAUUCUUCUGUAUCGAGCACAGGCGUUAAAUAUGAAUACUUUGCGAACCGAAGAGUACGGAAAAUGGGAAAACUUGAAACAUACAAGAUGUCUAGGCUUUGAAUC